AUGGCGAACGAGAUCAAGUACUUCGAGUUGAACACCGGAAAUAAAAUUCCCUCAGGCGGCCUCGGCACGUGGCAGUCCCAGCCUAGCGUCGUCGGUCAAGCUGUUGAAAUCGCCAUCAAGGUUGGAUACCGCCAUAUCGACUGUGCUCGAGCCUAUAGAAAUGAAAAGGAGAUAGGUUCAGUUUUAAAGAAGCUGUUGGAUGAUGGAGCUGUGAAGAGGGAUGAUUUAUUUAUUACUUCCAAACUCUGGUGUGCCGAUCAUGCACCAGAAGAUGUACCCGUGGCAUUAGAUCAAACAUUGGAAGAUUUGCAACUUGACAAUCUUGAUUUGUAUCUUAUCCAUUGGCCUGCCCGACUGAGGAGGGGGGCUGUUGGCAUGAAUCCAGAAGACUUUGUUCCAGUGGACAUACCUACCACGUGGAAGGCUAUGGAAGCACUCUAUGAUUCUGGUAAGGUCCGAGCUAUUGGAAUUUGCAAUAUCUCCACCAAAAAGCUGGGUGAUCUAUUGGAUGUAGCUCGCAUUCCUCCGGCUGUUGUCCAAGGAUAUGCACCACUUGGUUCACCAACGGGGUUGUACAAGAAGCCAGUCCUCGAGCAUCCUGAGUCAGUCCUCAAGCAUCCUGUUAUAGUUACUACAGCUGAAAAAUUGGGUAAAACUCCCGCUCAGGUUGCUCUUCGAUGGGGUUUGCAGAUGGGCCAUAGCGAAAGACAAACUACGGCUCACUUCUUUGUCCAUGAGAAAUUCGGCUCAUACAGAACCGUUGAUGAUAUAUGGGAUGGAUGGACUGUCCCGGUUACAAUUGAAGAAGACACAGAGAAACUAUUGGCGAUCCUGUUGGACAGCUCACAGCAUCCCUGCAUGUUGAAUGCCAGUUUUGGAAUAUUGCUUUUGGAGAUACUUAGUGGGAGGUUUAUUGGCCAUAGUAAUCAGUCUAAGCUUCUUGGGUACGACAGAGGUAGUGUGUCUUGCAUAAAGAGAAACUACUAUAUUGGAGAGAAUUCAAAUCCAUUCUAUAGAAAAGAUUACCAAAUUGCUAGAUCAAGUUCUGGUUCUGUGGCUUCUGAUCCAAGCUAA